AUGACCGUUCCGUCUUGCCCUGUCACUACAGGCCUUAGUAAAAGCCUUCUCCCAGAGGCGCAGCAACGCCGCCACCAGCCCUCCCUCCCUCCGCUCAACCGCGCUGCCGGCUCCGCUCGUUCGCGGCAGACACCGCGGCCCCCCCAAAACGCUGCCGGCCGGCUGCAGCCCUGCCCUCCUCCGCCCUCCCCCGCCGAAGGGCCGGCAGCGAGCAGGACCGAACGGCCCCGGUAUCAGCACCGGCACUCACCGCCACCGCCUGAGCUGUUUGCCGGAGCUGUUUACCCGGGCCGGCCCCGCCACCGCCGCCUGCGCAGCUUCCCCGGCUACUUCCGGGCCGGAGGACUUGUCCACAUCCCAGAGUGAAAACGAUUUUCAUCUAUGAUGAUGACAGAUUUUACAGAAGAGCAUACGUGGUUACAAAUACAGCGUGAACUCAGUUUGAGGAAACUAACAGAGGGUUCCAAGUAUCAAGAGGAACUAAAAUAUGACUUCAAUAUAAAAGGGGAACUGAGGCACCUGGAUACAAAUGAGUCCUUUGUUUUCAAUUACUACAAGAAUGGACAUGAGCAGAAUCAUGAACGCUACGAAGUUCUGGGACAUUCUAUUACCCAGUAUGUUUAUGAGCUCCUGGGAAGAGUCUGCAUGCUGCAGAAGGUUUAUAUUCCUACUGAUGCUACAGAGGAUGAACCAAGAAGCUUCUUUUUCAUGAGCAAGGAUGCAUUAACAAGUUCCUCUAGUCUAAUUAUCUUUCUUCAAGACCAUGGAGCUUUUUGUGCUGGACAGUGGGGGCGAAGGGCAAUUGUCAGUGAGGGCUUGAAACAUGGAACACAAAUACCAUUCAUCAAAAUGGCCCUGAAGAGCCACUGGGAAGUGAUUGUACUGAACCCCAAUGACAAUUUCACUGAUAUGAAAACUGAAAAGGAGAGAUUUUCUGUCAGACAGUCUGCCUGUUUGAUCCCCAAAAGGGGCAGCAGCAGCCCCGAAGAGCACACCACGUAUGUAUGGGAUCAUUUCAUUGCAAAGAGUGCAGCCAGAAAUGUGGCCUUCAUUGCCCAUGGCUAUGGUGGGUUGGUGUUUAUUGAUCUGCUGGUGCAGAGGAAACAUGAGGUGAUGAAUAAAGUGUACUCUGUGGCAUUCAUUGACUCCACACACAACAUACAGCAGCAGAGCAGACACGAUCCAGAAAUACAGGAAUGGAUACACAAAAACUGCCGAGAAUGGGUGUCGAACAGCAAACCCCUAAACAAAACUGUGCACUGUCUCAUGAGAGUAAAUUGUCCUACUUUCUCUGCUGGAACAGAAAAGUAUGGUUUAGCACCCUCCUGCUGCUUACAACCCAUCUUUAAGUACUUGAAGAGCAUGCUGAAAGCCAAGAUCACAACAGCCUUGAGGAAUUCGCCUGUUGUAACCAGAAGCAGCACAAGGAAGAAGACAGGCAAUUAAUAAAGGUACACUGGUUUGUUCUUGA